GGUCCCUUCCAACACUGGCCAUUCUGUGAUUCUGUGAUUGAAAAAUCAAUUGGAAAAGGGAUGGAAUGCUUUCAUGGUAUGGAAGGGAUUCUUUCCUUCUCAGGCAUGAAGGAAAAGUAUCCUUUCAAAGAAGAUCUGCUACGUUACCCAGGCAAGAGGAAAGGUGUUGAGGGAAACCUAAGAGAGAAUUAGCUGUGCUUCGAGGUGAUGCAUCAUAUUGAACAAAGAGGGAAAAAGAUACAUAGACAUUGGACAUUGGGAGGAAAUUCUUGAAUCGGAGGGCAGUGAUGCACUGGAAUAGGUUGCUCAGAGAAGCUGUGGAGCUGUUACCCUCUUGCUUGGGAGAUGAGGGCCCCAUCCAGCCUGGCCUCAAACAUCGCCAAAGAUGGGGCAUCCACAGCUUCUCUGGGCAGCCUGUGCCAGCAUCUCACCAAUCUCGACUACAGAAUUUCCCCGAAGACUUAAUCUAAUCUCCUCUUCUAGAUUAAAACUAGAUCAAAUCAUGUCCUAUCCCUAUCAGACCUUGUAAAAAGUCACUUGCCACACACACUAGACACCAAAUAUGCUGUUCACUUGCCAUCUUUACUAGACCCUCCAGCAUCUGCCAUGAGGAGCGGUGCCAGCAGGUUGAGGGUGGCCGUCCUUCCUCUCUGCUGCACGGCAGCACCGGGUCCUCACUCUGUGCUGCCUGCAAGGGCUGCCACCCUCUUGCUUGAGGGCCAGCGCCCACACCCUCUGCGAGGCGGUGGCCGUGAUGUCACAGUGGGUGUCAUAGAGCAGCCAUUGUGACACACGAAGCUUGGAGCAGAGCAAAGGCUGCCAGGCUCAGGCCAAGCGGUCUGGUGAGGCGCAGAGAGAGCAGGGACUCUCGCAGUGCUCGCUAUCAACGCACAGUGAUGUCCAAUAGCAAGAGGAAGGCCUCCGACACGGAGGAGCCAGUGUGUGUGCUGUGUGGCCGGGCAGAUGUCGACCCGGACAUCUGCGGGCCCUUGCUUUUCGAGAGUGAGAUUCAUGUCCACGAGUUCUGCUUGAUGUUUGCCAACAUUGCUUCCGAAGCAACACCGGCAGGGCCAAGCACUGAGGGCCUCCCCCUUGCUGCCAUCACACUCAAGGUCAAGCAGGCAAACAAGCAGCAAUGCUGUGUUUGCGGUGAGCGGGGGGCUGCCAUCACAUGCGCAGAGAGCGGCUGUGCACGCAGCUUCCAUCUGCCCUGUGCCAUGGAUGGGGAAUGCAUCAGCCAGUACUUCGGAGAGCACAGGUCCUUCUGCUGGGAGCACCGCCCUCAACAGGCGACUCCGGAAGUUCCAGCAGAAGGCAACAACUGCCUCAUCUGCCUUGAGCCUGUGGGGGACAGCUUGUCCUACCACACCAUGGUGUGUCCAGCGUGCCAACAUGCCUGGUUCCACCGGGCCUGCAUCCAGGUAGGAGCCCUCCACUCACCCCACAGGCACGCCUGGUGCUCAGCAGCACCAGCACUGCUCACACUCACCCUGCUUGUGCUUCUCCUGCAGCAAGUGGCACUGAGCGCUGGCACGGUGUACUUUGACUGCCCCGCCUGUCGAGACUUCGGUCCGUUCUGUGAUGAAAUGUUCACCGUGGGGAUCCGAGUCCCAGACAGAGACCCAGAAUGGGACAAUGAUGAGGCAUACGAACCGCUCCGAGUGAGGCACAGCCGCUGCGAUGCCAGCGAAUGCCUUUACCCUGGAGGCAGAGAGCGGGCAGAGAGAAGGGGGCCCUGGCAGCUGAUCCUGUGCAACUCCUGCGCUGCUGAGGGCACCCAUCGACUGUGCUCCCACCUGUUUAACCCGAGAGACAUGUGGGAGUGCGACGGCUGUGCUGGCCUGGGUACCGGUAAGAGGCAAUCAGCCGCGUGGCACCGCACUGGGGCCAGGCAAGGCCUGGCAGCAACAGCUCAGGGCAGCUUUGCCAGAGUCUGUCUGUCCCAAGAGGGAUGGCAGAUCCCACUGUGGUGCCGCAGCUUCAGAAUAACGACCUUCCUGCCUCCCCUUACAGCCUCCAGCGCCAACGUUGAGCUCGCUGGUCCCAGCACUGCCAGCCAGAGUGCUCUGGGGUCAUCCAGCAGCUCCGUGGAGUCGGAGACCUUCAGCUCCGUGCCCACCAGCCAGGCAGCAGUGGAGACAUCCCAGAGUUCCCAGCUGCCUGAGCACAGCGACCUGCACAGUGUGCCUGAGACUGAGCAGGGGGCAAACGGCCCACGUUUAAGUGAGGAUCAGGCUACCUCUGAGCAGCUGCCAGGACGCCGUAGGAGCAGACAAACAGCAGCCCCGAGUGCUGAGAGCGACUCCCACACAUCCACCAGGCGGAGGGCAUCAGGGUCCUCCAGGGCGUCUCCAGCAGCUGCUCGCAGAAGACGUCCCAGGCGGCGAGGAAGAAGCCGCACACGAAGCCGCUCCCCGCUGCAAGCUCGGGCUCCGACUUCCCAGAGCCGGCCAAGAAGGCGCCGUGGCCGCUGGCAAACACCAGCCCCGGGGGAGCAGAGCGGCACCCGCAGAUCAACAAGAUCUGCCACUUCCAGGUCCCCGAGGGCUUCCAGAGUGCCCAGACGCAGGGGACCGUCCAGGCAGCGAGGGCGCACCCGCACCCAAAGCCCUCCUUCAGAGAGACGUCGGGCUCACAAUUCCCGCAGCUCGCCCCAAAGAGGCAGCAGGAGCCGGGCCCAACAGCGGAGGUCACCCCGGGAAUGAAGCUGCUCCCAGGAACAACUUCAGAGACAAAGUCCCCACAGACAGCCCCCGAGUCUACGUAGGAGCAGCUGUGUACCACUCAUAGAAUGGCCUGGGUUGAAAUGGACCACAAUGAUCAUCUAGUUUCAACCCCCCUGCUAU